AUGGCUCCCAACGAACACCAGAUAUCUCUGGCCAUCUCUGACUUAAAAUCAGGCCAAAUAUCUUCUGUAAAGGCAGCAGCUAUCGCAUAUGGUGUCUCAAGAUCUACCCUUACACGUCGAAUGAAUGGCUCACUUUCUCGUCGCGAUGCCCACUCAAAUCAACAAAGACUAUCUCCAGGCCAAGAGGAAUUCCUAGUUAAAUGGAUUCUUGAGCGGGAUUCCCAAGGAUUUCCUCCUUCGCAUGCUUGCGCGCGUGAGAUGGCUGCUCGCAUUCUACGUUCUAAUGGCGAUAAUGAACCUCUUGGGAAGGCAUGGCUACCAAAGUUUAUUCAGCGAAACCCACGCGUCAAUUCCUGUAUAGGUAGACGUAUCGAUGUGUCUAGAAUCCAUGGGACACAGCCUGCAGCAAUUCAAGAGUUUUAUGAGCUAUUUGCAAAGACUAAAGAGUAA